CCGGGCCCCCACAGCCAGAAAAGCUCCCCGCCCGAUCGCGGGAUUGCUGGGAAAAAGAAAAUCUGGAAUUGGGGUCAAGGUUGAGCUUUCGCCUCCGUCAUUCAGAGACAAAGCUUUCAUGCAGAGUCCGCUCGUUCCGGUCCGGCCCAGAGUCCCUCGUGCUCCCUCCCAACCAAAGACGAAGUAGCUCCGUGUAACAUACAACCCACCCACACACACACACACCCAUCUCCCUCCUUCUCCGUCCGCCGAGUAGAUCAGGCCUCCGGCUCCCCCAAACGACCGACACAACACCACCCUCCCCCUCAAGCAAAGAAAAAUGUCCUCGGCAGCAUCCACCUUCGCCCGCUCGGCGGCGCGCCCGGCCUUCCGCGCGGCCUUUAGGCGGCAGCAGUUCCGGCGCGACGGCGGCAGGCGGUGGGAGAGCACGGCCGGCUCGGCCCAGGCCGGCCCCCAGCCGAGCUGGGUCAAGCGCAUGUGGGACAGCCCCAUCGGCCUCAAGACGGUGCACUUCUGGGCCCCUGUCAUGAAGUGGGCCGUCGUCCUCGCCGGAAUCUCGGACCUGGCCCGCCCGGCCGAGAAGCUGUCGCUGACCCAGAACGCCGCCCUGACGGCGACGGGCAUCAUCUGGACCCGCUGGUGCUUGAUCAUCAAGCCCAAGAACUACCUACUGGCUGCCGUCAACUUCUUCCUCGGCAUCGUCGGCAUCGUCCAGGUCAGCCGCAUCAUGAUGUACCAGCAGUCCCUCAAGGCCCAGGGUGAGGGCCCUGGCGCCCUGACCGCCGCGGCCGAGGCCGUCGAGAAGAAGGCCGCGGACGCCAAGGAGGCCGUCAAGGCCGCCAAGCCUUAGGUAUCUCUUCUUUUUGUCUUUUUCUCCUCGCUUUUUUUCUCCUUGACUCUUUGUUGGGGACACCCCCACCCCCCUUUUUUCUUCUUUUUUAGAAAGUCGGGCUCUUUUCUCGGCUGAUGUGAUAGAGAAAGAGAUGGAGAGAGUUGCUGGCGCAUCAAAUGGAAAGAAACUUGACCCACGGCUCCUCACCGUCCACUGAUAAACUUGUGGUCGUUGUUGCAAUUCGGUGUCCAGGGAACCCAGGGGGAGGGGCACACAUGUAUGCAGGAAUAUCACGCUUGUAAUGGAUCGAAACGUUGAACUAGAAAUAAGAGACGAACGAGUGGAUGGCCAACAUGGCGGCAUGGGGGAGUCGAUCUGUUCUCGUCGAGGUUCUUGCUCUUGACGUCCUCCAGUGGCGCUUAUGAGCCCAUCGCAAUCGUCGACACAUGGACACUCACAAGCACCUAGGGCACGCCGAAAGGAUCACAGGCGUCUCUCAGCCAGCUUGGCGGGCAGGCAACGCACGCACGCUUCUUCUGUGCCACGUAUCUAAUGUCACAUCAUCCAAACAACCCAGAGACACCAUUUGUUUCCUAGUGACAAUCCUCGAUUUUCUACUAGGUCAUUCUCCC